UUGAUGCUCCAGAUACACAAACACACAGAGACCACUUGCCUUUUAUUAUAUGGAUGACAAUAAAUGCCCUUUUUCUUCUUCAUCCAUAGCCAUUCCUAGCUUUAUAAUCUAUGCCAAGGAGGAGGUGGAACUGGGUGUUCCCAACAUACUCAUCUGUUUUGUCAACGGCUUCCAUCCACCCACAAUCAACAUCACCUGGACCAGAAACGGAGAUUUAGUAGAUAAAAGUGAUGUCAGCCAGACUUAUUUCUACUCAAACAAGGAUUUCAGCUUCCGUAUGACGUCCUACCUGACCUUCAUCCCUCAGGAGGGUGACAUCUACUCUUGCACAGUGGAGCAUAGCAGCCUGCAGGAGCCUGUCACCAGGUUGUAGGAUGUGGAAGUGUACACCGAGCAGCAGGUUUCAGAGACAGCACUAUGUGCUUGUGGCAUGAUUGUGGGACUUGCUGGAGUUGGUGUAGGACUCUGGUUUGUCAUGAAGGUCAACAAGCUGUCCAUCCAGGUGUAAACAUCAUUGAGAUAAACGCUUCCAUGGUACCUAUUUAUGGUCCCGCAUUAUGUCUUCACCCUGUCCAUCCAGGCAUCUGUCUCUAAUUUUUUUGUUUUCUGACAUUAACUAAAAAAAAACAGCUUGUCUGAUUGAAAGCAUUGUGGCAUAUUGGUGAAGGUUAGAGGAAGGGUCCCUUGGAAAAUGGCCAUCGUCCAUUAUCCAGUAUGGUCACUAUGGAUCCCAUCUUUAUUUUCAUUUCCGUGUGAUAUCUAAAGAACACCUUGUCUGAUUGAAACUAUUUCUUGAUAGUGAAUUGGGAAGGUUAGGGCAAAGGUUCCUUUAAAAAAUGGGGGUCUUCCUUUUUUCAGUAUGGUGGCCACAGGUGACAUCUUUUGAUUUUCGCUUCUGCAAAAGAAUGCCUUGCCUGAUUGAAACCAUUUCUUAGUAGUAUUUUGGGAAGGCUACAG